AUGCUCGACUUCAGCAACGGCGGCGCCCACUGCGGCGGGCCCAUCGUGCCCUCGCCGUCCGUGCUCUCCUUCCUCAACCUCAAUAUGGAGCGGCCCGUGGGCGCGGGCGGCCCCGGGCCCGGGGGCGGCGGGGGCGGCGGCGCGCAGGCCGGCUUCGUGCUGGGCAACCAGCCGCUGGCCGCGCUGCACUCCAUGGCGGAGAUGAAGUCCGCCGCGCUCUUCCACCAUCACCAACAGCAGCACCAGCAACAGCAGCAGCAGCAACAGCAGCCGGCGCCCACGUACGCCGCCCCCAGCCCGAGCCCCGGCAGCGGCAAGGGCAGCCCCAACGGCUCGACGACGAGUGGCAGCGGUGGCGGCAGCAGCGGGGGCGGCGCGGGAGGCAACCCACACGGCAUCGACCACAUCCUGAGCCGGCCGGCGCCGGUGACCGCCGGGGGCGUGGGCGGCGGGCCGGCGCCGCGGUCCGCGGCGGCCUUCGCGGCGGCGGCGGGCAUGGCGGCUGCGGCGGGCAUGGCGGCGGCGUCCUACUUCCACCACCAGCAGCAGCAGCAGCACCACCACCAGCAGCAGCACCAGCCGCACGUGGCCGCGGCCGCCGCCGCCGCCGCCAAGCACCACCACCCGCUGGCCGAGCUCACGUCGCGCUCCGCCAUCUACUGGCCCGGCCUGCAGGGCCUCGUCAGCAACCCCAUCGCCUGGCGCGAGCGCCUCGCCGCCAUGGGCCCGGCGAGCAUGUCGCUGGUGGACAAGGACGGCAAGAAGAAGCACACGAGGCCCACCUUCAGCGGCCAGCAGAUCUUCGCGCUGGAGAAGACCUUCGAGCAGACCAAGUACCUGGCGGGGCCCGAGCGCGCCAAGCUCGCCUACGCCCUCGGCAUGACCGAGUCUCAGGUUAAGGUGUGGUUCCAGAACCGGCGCACCAAGUGGCGCAAGAAGCACGCGGCCGAGAUGGCGACGGCGAAGCGCAAGCAGGAGGAGGCGGAGGGGCUGGCCGACGCGGACGCCGACGCCGACGCGUCCGACCGUGACGACGACCUGGGCCGCGCCGCCAGCGCCGCCAAGCGGCUGCGCCGCGAACUCGCCGGCGAGGCCGCCGAGCUGACGGGCCGCCCCUGAGCCGGGGCGUCGGCUCCGUCCGACGAGCGCUUCCGCCUGCUCGACGCGUCUCCAGCCUCGUCGCAGAACGCUGGACCUCAAGUUUCUACGGCACCCACGACAGACAGACCGCUGUUCCAAACUGAGUGGUCCUCAACUGUUGGGAAAUAUUUACCGUGACGCAUCUCAGAACCACCUUGUAGCGUAAACAGUCCGCUACUGGCAGUCUCCCAUUCGCUGUCGAUAACCUCUGUUCGAGAUACAUCACAACAAUUUUCUGGUGCUCGAGGCUGAAUUACACACACGGAGACAUAUUUGUCUUUCAGAGAGGAAGCUCUGCAUCAGCCAUCGCCAAACUAAAAGUACAUUGUUCGAAUGGAGAAUAUUUGUUAUGCAGUACUGCGAAGUACAAUGAAUUGCAAAUUUGAUGUUUACUGGCGGAAACUAUAGGUCAGGAAACAUAAAUGCUUGCUGUUACACGGUAAGAAUGAUAGAAGGUGAAAAUUUUUGCAUUUAGAAAACCGUUCUACAGAUCAAAGAAAACGAUUAAUACCGUAAAACUGAUUUCUAAAUUGUAAAAGUAACAACGAUACGGUGUUCUGACAGACUAAAACGCUAUCCAGACACCUGUCAAUCUCUCCGUUUGCCAGUAUCAAACCAGCCUCCGCCAUAUUACUUAUACCAGGAUACUUGUCUGGUAAGAUAUACAAGAGAGUCCCUGCGGCGUGGGAAAAUUGGAGAGAUAUGAGCAUCGAUCUAACUCGAGGGUGGGGUCUGGGUCGAGCUGCCAAAAGAAAACACGAGUACGGGUUCUGAUUCGGGUCUGGAAGAAACUUUUAGUCUGUCAAAACGUUUCAAAGCGCUGUAUGAUCCAUUACACUGUGAAAGAUUCAUUCUAGUAAAUGAACAGUGUUUACAAGCAAAAAGAUUCAGGAAUUAAUUUUUAAUAUAAGACAGAGAUCAAUAUUCUCGCGAUGUUAGGAGUAGUUAUACUUCAAAAAUCUAAAAAAUAUGAAGGAAACCAAUACAAUUUCUUGAAAGCCCGUGCAAUCAUUAAAUAAAAAUAAGAAAGUAGCGCAGUUGAUGCUACAGAAGAACGGUACUUCUUUUCCGAGGUCUGUGGCGGUUUCUGCAAGAAAUGUCGCUAAUUAGUUAGACAUUAGCGCUGCAGCAGGGGCUCGUUUCCGUUAUGCGCUGCACGUUGUGCUGUUCCUCAUGUUCUUGAGGCGUUUCAGCAAGCAUUUAUCAAGUUUCUUGUACCCGUCAGUAUAAAAAGCUAAUGGUUUUGUAUGACGCCACGGGAAUCGUAGCUUCCGGCUCAGCGGUGUCAUGUGUUGCCUGUGUUAGUGACAGCAAUAACAGCGAUGUUUGUUAUCUGUUCCCAAGGAAGAUCGCCGCAUGAAUGGAAGGAACUGAGGAAGCGUCACGCACGAGUAACUUUUACGAGCAAGGAGCAUAACUGGGACAUUUACUUGUUACUGCAAUUGAACUGUUGCCUAGAUUAUAAAUUUCUAAUUUGCAUUUUCACUGCGCAUAGUUACGAUUUUUCUUUGUAAUUGUUGAAGCUGAAAUGACGAAACGAUGAUAAAGUUUUUAUUCAACUCAUAACUAGAAGUAGAACGAACGUUCGUUUGUAAAGAUAAUUUUCGAAUGACCUCACAUGUAAUUUAUAGUAAUGAAAUUGAUGGUAAAAUGAAAUAUGUAGCCUGUACUAUGUAUCUAGAUCCUGUCAUAUCUGACACCCCGUUUCGUCAGUUCAGCUGGACCCGUAGUUGGUGUGGAAGUGACUAGACUACACUGCUGGUAUCUGGAGGCGCGGCGUGACAGUCUGUAUUAUUUUUAAAAAGAGGGCGCGCAGUAUUAUGCAAAUGCAACCAAAGAAUAUGAACCUAGCUGUACAUUUUGCACGUUCUAGAUUAACCAGUAAGAUAGGUAGAAGGCCUAAUCAGCGAGAGGAUGCAUAGCAGGGUGCCCGCGAAGCUAUAUAUGGACUUGUAAAUAAGAUUAUGUAUAUUGUAAAGUAUAUCUGCCGCGGCUCGCUGGUCGGCAACA